CUUCUGGUCCCCACAGUAACUACACAGACGUAGCAGCUUAGCAACAGAGAGCGAGAGGGGACGUUGGCAGUCGGAAGAAUACAAUAUCACCGUUCUGCAUCAUUUCUAUAUUUGAACGAAGAGGGACGGGAAAUAACAGGAAGAGACGACACGAAGAAGCUAGACUUAUAACGUUAUCUUUCCGAAACAAUUCUUUAUAUUGGUUUAAAAAGGGGGUUUUAAAGGCUUUUGCAUUUAAAAGCGGGUAAUGGGAGGGUAUGUGGCAUGAUAGCGCACCGUAGCGCUAUCUAGUUUCUCGUAUAAAUCAGAGACACUCGAUUUCUACUGAGUGCGGUUUGUUCGGGCAGUGGGUGUUUUCUCCUAACCGGAAAGUUGUUUUUCAUAACAAGCUAUUCUCUUUUAUAUCGACCUCUCCCAUCGCCACCCUGAAGUUCAUCGUGGUUUUGUUGGCCGCCGGGAUGCUGGCCUUCCUCGGCGCGGUCAUAUGCAUCAUUGCCAGCGUCUACCCGGGGUCUUCUAGCCCUGCACAUCUCCCACUGGCGGACAACCAGUCGCUGUCUCCGGACGCAGUGUUGCAGUCACUGUCUCCGGGUUCUGUUGCACGCGCUGGCUCUUUGGGCGCUCUCCACGGUUCUGAAUCAACAGAAGCUGGAGGUUUGGGAGUCAACCUGGAGGCGCCUACAUUCAACGAACUGAGCAAUUCGGGCGGGAUCGGGUCAGGAGGGAGGAAACAGUUCAGUUUUAGCCGGCUCAUCUGCACCCCUAUUCCUGCUGGAGAAUGCAAAUCAAAUAACCUUCAGCAACAAGCCGACGAGCCGUCUUCGUACGCCGGCGAGGACCUGGGAUACUUCCGUACCACCGCGGAGCAACUGCGGCAGACCGUGCUGCAGCAGAAAGACCAGAUACUAAUGGACCAGCGAACAAUAAGGGAACUUACGGGGAAACUGUCUGAAUGUGAAAGCGGACUGGAGGAGCGCAGCGCAGAGGUCGAAAGAAGCGUGGGGCUGUGGGGAGAUAACCGCCGCCUCAUGGCUGGAGACGACGUGCAGUCUCUGGCUUUAGCUCAGAUGCAAACUGCCCGUGCUGUGGAGGAGCUAGAGCGAGCCAUUCUUCAGUUGAAGGACCGCAUAGAGAAACUGGAGUCCGAGUUAGGCCCCUUAGCCCAUAACCUGACGGAGAUUAGCUUAAAGGGUCUUGGAAGCAUCUCUGGAACCCCCAGGAGGCUGGGCGCGGCCACCCAGUGGCGGGCGGAGGACCUGGAGGGCCAGCUGGAGAGGAAGAUCGAGCUGCUGGAGAAGGAGAGGGCAGCCCUCCGCAAGCAGACGCAGAGCCACCAUCAGGAGAUGGACCAGGGGAUCAGCUCCCUGCACCACCGCAUCGCCCAGCUGGAGCAGAGCCUGUCGGAAUACGACUACCCCGACGGCUUCCGGCUGUCCUUCCCGCUGCGGACCAACUACAUGUACGGCCGGGCGAAGCGGGCCGUGCCGGAGCUGCACGCCCUGACGGCCUGCCUGUGGCUGCGGGCCAAGGAGGGCGGCGUCGGCACGCCCUUCUCCUACUCGGUGGCGGAGCAGCCCAACGAGCUGGUGCUCCUGCAGGGCCUGCACAGCCCCGUGGAGCUGCUCAUCAGCGACAAGGUGGCGCAGCUGCCCUUGUCCUUGCCGCCAGACAGCUGGCAGCACGUGUGCAUUAGCUGGACCCUGCGGGACGGGGUGUGGAAGGCCUACCAGGGGGGCCAGCUGAAGGGAGAAGGGGAGGGCCUGGCUGCCUGGCACCCUAUUCGACCCGGCGGGGUGCUCGUACUGGGGCAGGAGCAGGACACUCUUGGGGGGCGCUUCGACGCGUCCCAGGCCCUGGUGGGGGGGCUGUCCCAGUUCAACCUGUGGGACCGGGUCCUGACGCCGGCGGAGAUCUCGGGCCAGGCCGAGUGCAGCCGGCCCGCCCUGGGCAACGUGGUGCCCUGGACAAACAGAGACAUUGAGGUUUUCGGAGGGGCCAUCAAGGAGCCCCGGGACCCAUGCGCCGAGCGUGCCAACACCCAGCCGUGAGGAGGAGGAGGAGGCGGAGGAGUGGUGCUGUGCAGCAGAAUUGGGGGCGUCUUAUUGGCUGUCGUAUUUCUACGCAGAAUGCGAUAGGCUCAUGCCGUUGCUAGCGUGGGCAGGGUUUUUGUUCCUUUUCCUCGUGGGGCAGGUUUGUGAUCUGCUCUACAUUCUUUAAAUGAGCUUUUACAAGUGGAGCCGUUCUCCAUUUCGGGAGCAGAGUGCUCCAGAGCCUUGUCUUGUCUUGUGUCCUGCUUGUAUUCUUCUUUUUAAGAGGUGAUUUCUGGUGCAGUCUUGAGCGAUGGCGUCACAUUUUUUAUUCUCGGGUGACAGCCGGGGGAUAUUGUUCUGUACAGCAUAUUUGUCCUCAUGUUAUGCUGUUUGUUAACUUUUUAUCGUGACGUGUCUUUUGUAGUCUCUCCUGUAGUCUCGCACCCUUGCCACUGGCUAACAUCGCAGUUACCGCUAUGUCACACCAACAGCUAUGAAAACGGUAUGUUAGUUGGACAGCACAGACUGACUGUUUACCUUCCUGUAGGUUUUCUACGGUGCAGAGUACCACACAUAAGUUCCCUUAAAGCAUAUUUAAAAAUGAAGUGGCUGUCCCUCUGAAGACACUCACCAUGAUUGCAAGCUGGGUCUUACAGCUGCAGACACUGCAGCAGUGAGCCGCGCAAUGCCAUUGGCCGACUGUGAAUGUGAGACACGUCCGGGCCCGUUCCCGCGAGAGGGCGCGUCUGGUGUAAGCCGGCUCCGGUUUGGUUUUGGGUUUCCACCGCACCCCUCCCGUUAAUGCGAAAGGCCGCCGGUUUUCUCCAGCGAAGCGGCUCUCCUUGCUGUCUCCCCCGUUUUGAGCCAAAAUGGCCGCGGGCUCACGCGCAGACGCUUCAGAGGAGCGCCUACGCUUUGGCUGCGGUGUUCCUUUUGCACGGGGGCGCAGGCGGCACCGAUGCGGUGCCAGAGGGGAAAUGGCGCAUCGUACGCGCGUGCUCCUCGGGCACUUCCGGGUAAAGCUGGUGAAACAGAUUACGAUUCAAGCGAAGAGUCUGGCAGAACUUAGAACCAGCGUUCUUUUUGCAUGGAGAUGUAUGGAACCAGCUUUGAUUUACUUCAGGACAAAAAGUGACAUCGGUUGAACACAUACCGUCAGCACACUGCAUAAUUGCUGUCUCUUCCAUUCUUGCAAUUUUAAGCACGCAUUCUAGAAUACAUAUUGCCUCACGUGUAGUCAUUAAAGGUAUUCUAGAAUGUAUGGAUAAAAUGGCUUUUACGAAAGCUGAAGUAAUGUAUAAAGUACAUAUUCUAUCAUUUGCAGUAUGUAUAAAGAUUUUUCCCCUGAUUUUGUGGUUUGGACGCAGCUAUAUUACAAUUUCAUAAAUGCUGAGGAAAUGCAGAGAGAACAGUAUGAACAUAUUGUCAAGAGUCAGGAUUUUCCAAGCUGACUGUCAUCCUAAAGACAAUAUACCAUACUUUCAAAAUAAAUUUUUGAAAAAUAAAAAGCACGCACCCUAUAACCCAUGCAUACACACCACCAAGCUGCUUUGUAAAUGUUAUUUUACUCUGCUCUCAGUUUAGCUGAAAGAGAGGAGGGAGAAGUGUGGCUAGGAGGGGAUGAUUAAUAGGUACGGUACACAAUAACCUGGGCGCCUGCCACCAUUACCCAGCUCUCAUGAUUGUGAAGUGCCUGUCUGGGGUAAACAUGGCCAAAAAUGCUCCCUGUUUCCCUUUCUUCUUUCCCCUGCGCUUUCUGUUUCUGAGGAUGAUCAGCUGUGAUGUCAGCGCUGUGCUCGUUUACCUCUGCAUCUCUGUGGCCCUCCUGUGAAAUAUGUGUAUGAAAAGUAAAACGAUUAAAAACUAAAUGGCUGACAAUGCUAUCUGAAAGGAAACCAUGUGACUUGUUAUUGGUGUGAAACGUCAAACAGAAAUGGCCUGCUUCUGUCUCUUUCUUUACACACUUCUCUUUAUGCAGUAUAUCACUCUUGCACACUCCUGUAAAUAUCUUGCAUUUUUUUCUUAUCUUUUUCUAUUCAUACAUGUAUCUGUCUAUUCCUGCAAUUUUUGUAUCAGUUCGUCUGUAUCUCUCUCUCUCUCUCUCUCUCUGAUUCUAAAGCCCCUAUUGUAACGUUAUUGUGAGAAAUAAAAUCAGUUUUCACACUGA